AAAAGCCGACGGCCCGCCAAUCGUCCACUUUCACCUUCUGUAAUUGUCGUCAGUGCUCCGUGAAUCUCCGACAUGAAACAGCUCGUGCCGUCUACUGCCAUUGCCGGCCUAUUGGUCGCCCAAACGUUACUUUUGAUAGCUACUGUGGAUACUCCGUGGAAAACUACUGGAGCAGUAGCUCAAGACAGCCCAUUCGAAUUGCCCGUGCAGCUUAUUGGGUUUCCGGUCAUCAUCAUGGCCGUGAAAAUGUCAAAUUUUGUCAAAAAACUCUACUACACUUUAAGUCCUAGCACUUAUAGAUCAAAAACCAAACGAGAGGUAUCAAGUGAAUAUGUAAUGGACCACAGGUUCGACAUACUUAAAGCACAAGAUAUGAUUCUCAAAGAAAUGGGACCAGACGCUUGCGUUUAUGAAAAAGUAUGCAAAGCAUAUGCCGAAAAGACUGCAUUGAACAAAAGUAAUAAUAAAGAAGAUAAAAUGGACUGGGACAAAAUAAUUAGUGGUUACAUGGAGGCAGCAGAACCAAAAAAGAAGUACUACAUGCUCAGUGUGUUUUUGGGUGAUGUCAUAGGAUCGCCCGAGUUCUGUUCGAGAAUCGUGAGAAAAAUCAAACGUUGUGAACAGAAACGUUAUUUUUAAAUAUGUUAUUUAAUUUAUUUAAUAAUUUUAUACCACGAAGCUAUUCCCCUUGAUAUGAAACAUCAUAUGCGCCAUUUUAAAAUGUAUAUAAUCAAAAUAAUUUUAACUUGUACAUAAUAAAAUAAGACAAUAUAAGUGAUAGAAAAUAAAAUUGAUUUGAAAACAUAUCAAAUUAAUAAAACAAC